UAGAAACCGAGGCCACGUUUCGGUGCAGGAUUUGAACAAGAGUCGCAGACGGCAAAACGACGCCUGGACACAGAUAGCAACCUUUCAUGUGUUGUAUUGUGUUAAAAAGAGACGUAUUUAGUUAAGGUAACACGUUUUUUUUAUUUUUUUUAAUCCCCGGUGGAGCAUAACCAUGAGGAGAAGUGAAGUCCAUGCUGCAGAAUCUGUGGCAUGUCUGAAUCGAGCCCUGAACCAGUUGAAGGACAUCUGGGAAGAAAUAGGCAUUCCAGAGGACCAACGACUACAGAGGACUGAUGUCGUCAAGAAACAUAUCAAAGGCUUGCUGGACAUGAUGAUCGCAGAGGAGGACUGUUUAAGGAAGAGAUUGAUGAGCAGCAUAGAGUCCUGUCGCAAAGAGCUGGAUGUUCUGUGCACUGAGCUUCAACUAUCCCCCUUUGAGGAGGACAAGGGGAGGACGAUGCUGCAGCUGGAGAAGGACAUUCGGUCACGGCUGGAGGUGACGAUGAAACAGAAGAGUCAGAGGGUUAAAGACCUGAAGACUCUGUACAAGCAGGACCGGGAGCUGUGUGACAUCAUGUGUUCAGUUCCCUUCUGUAUCGACAUGGACUCUGUCCCAUCCCUGGAGCAACUGGACAGCUACCACUCCUACCUGAAUGAUCUCACUAAAGAGAAGGAUCGUCGCCACGGUGAGUUUGUGGGUAUCAAGCGUCAGAUCAUUGUGUGUAUGGAGGAGCUGGACCAGCUGCCAGACACCAGCUUUGAGAGGGACGUGGUGUGUGAGGACGAGGAGGCCUUCUGUCUGUCCAGCGACAACAUCACAGCUCUCCAACUGCUGCUGGGACAGCUUGAGGAUCGCAAGACGGAGAACGAGCGAGUGUGUAUCUCCUACCGCACUAAGAUCCAGGAGCUGUGGGAGAGGCUGCAGGUGCCCCAGGAGGAGAGAGAUGGCAUGUCAGAACACAUGGUCCAGUCCAGGACGAAGAACAUGGAUGCUUUACAAGCUGAGUGCCGGCGUCUGGAGCAGCUGAAGAUCAAGAACAUGAGCAGUGUGGUGGAAGCCAUCAGGGCCGAAGUGGCUCUGUUCUGGGAGAGGUGUUUCUACAGCCUGGAGCAGAGACAAGCCUUCACACCCUACUAUGGUGAUGACUACACUGAGGAGAUGCUGAACUUACACCAGGAGGAGCUCGUGAGUCUGAAGAAGCACUACGAGGACCACCGGGAGCUGUUUGAAGGAGUAACCAGGUGGCAAGACAGCUGGACUCUGUUCCUACAACUGGAGAAAAAGGCAACGGAUCCUUCUAGAUUUAACAACCGAGGAGGGAACCUUCUUAAAGAGGAGAAGCAGAGGGCCGAGCUGCAGAAAAGCCUGCCGAAGUUGGAGAAGAGCCUGAAGACCCAGAUAGACCUCUGGGAGGAGGAGCAGUGCAGAGAGUUCCUGGUUAACGGACAACGGUUCCUCCAGUAUGUACAGGAGCAGUGGGAACUACUGCGUCUGGAGAAGGAGAGAGAGAAGAAUGAGAGACACCUGAAGAAGAACCAGCAGAUAGAACAAGACAUGCUGUAUGGUACUGCUCAACGAACCCCCUCCAAAAGACGCCUUGCAGAGACCCCUACGCCUGGCAAAGCAAGAAAGCUGAAUGCCACUAGCAGUAUCUCCAGUUCUACUCCUAACAGCACCUUCCGCUCUGCCUUCGGCGGAACCAUGUGCCAGUCGCCCGUCCUCAGACCACCUAUGUCUGCCAGCAAGAUUCCUCUGAGGACCCCUGGUCGUGUUGGAAGAACCCCCCACACAGUGGAACGCAACAAGGAGAACGUCUCCCACCUGAACGGCACGGCGCUGAGAACCCCUGCCUCGCGCUGUAACAUCACCGUUAACUCUGUGGCCAGCACCUAUUCGGAAUUUUCGAAGGAUUUUGUCAACAUUGAAUCCACCGCCAUUACCAGCUUUGACUAACGGAGUGCAACCGAGAGCCCGGUCCGGUUCGCGAGAUCUCUCAAAAGCUUCCAAAUCUAAUGUCAAGACAGGACAUCUGAACUCUACUGGCACUCGUCUCUGAGCUGAAGGAUCAGACAGAACCACGGUUUCUGUCCGGGUCCAUUUCUGCAUGUCCAGAUGAAGGGAAUCUGUUAACACCUACUGAAUGUAACUGCAAUGAGAACAGGAACUUGCACCCCUCCGAGUCUCUCAGCUCAAAUGAUCUUCUAGCACUGCUGAGGUUUCACUUGUCGUCAUCUCUGAGGGCUCUGAACUUCUACCGCGAUCCUCCAUCUCUGAGGGCUCUGAACUACUGCCGCGAUCCUGAAUCCUCCAUCUCUGAGGGCUCUGAACUACUGCCGCGAUCCUGAAUCCUCCAUCUCUGAGGGCUCUGAACUACUGCCGCGAUCCUGAAUCCUCCAUCUCUGAGGGCUCUGAACUAUACUUUCUGGCCUCAGGUCUUCCCAGUUUAUAUUGUCUGUGUCCCAUUUCUACAUGGAGAUGUCAACACCUACUGAAUGUACUGAACUCUACUCAUUUGUCCGAAGAUUUGUAUUAUAUUCAUUCUUCUCGAUUUUUAAGCUUCUCUGAUCUAUGAGCUGAAUGAAACAUUGGGAGGACUUGCUAGACCUAUGGGGAAAAACAGUUUUCAUUCAACUUUUAACAUCCUCUAUAUAAUACUCCAAUUUAUUAUUUUUUAAAUCAUCCAUGUUGGUAGUCGAGUACAUUUUUGUACUUCUUAUGGGGGGGCUUGUAGCAAAUGAUGAUCAUUCUGCCAUAUAAACAUUGGCUUUACACAUUUUCAGUCACCUUUUCCAUUUUGGUGGGGCGGGACGGGGUACCACUGACAUCGCAAAGGCAUACUCCUUGACUGUUGGUGAUUUGCAAACCGUAAUUAAAUAUUUCCAAAUGAG